AUAAAAUGACGUCGUUCAUCUUGAAUGCAAUUAGCAACAUGUAUGUAGCCGACUCCCGAAGACGGAUCGCAAGUUUUUAGUAGCUGAUUUGCAAGUGAAGGGUUCGACUGCAGCAUAGAUCGCCAUUACUACGUCGGUUUCUCAUCCGAUCAUUAUUCUUAUCUAAGCCUCCAAUGGCAGCAGCAUCUGCGCAAACUUCAUCGGUUUUAGAGAUUUUAGUUCGAGAACCGGAUGGAUAUUCAAUCUGGAAUGGACCUCCAUUCGAUAACAAUAAUCAACCUGGGAUUAGGCUUGAAAAAGUUCCUUGCACUAGUGCCAAGUUUAGUGACGAUGGUUCGAGGCUUAUGGUGACUAAAACUGACUGUGCUAUUAGUAUUUAUGAUUCCAGCACCUUGAAAGAGAUAAGAUGUUUUCAGAUCCCGCAUGUCGCUUCUGCCUUGUCCCCAUGCGGGACUUAUCUUCAAACCUUUCAGAAAUCUACUACAACUCAGGAAAAGAAUGUGGUCUUAUGGAGUGUAGAGACCGGGGAUGCUGUUUACCAGCAGUUUCAGAAAAACAUGACAAAAGCAACAUGGCCAUCGAUCCGGUUCACUUCUGAUGAAGCUGUUGCAUGCCGGCUUGCUACAAAUGAAAUACAGUUUUUUGAUCCUGCAGAUUUCUCUAAAGGAAUUUUGCAUCGGCUAAGAAUUCCUGGGGUUGCUGCAGUGGAGCUUUCCAAGGCUCCUGGGUCCCAUGUGGCAGCAUUUGUUCCAGAAUCUAAGGGGAGUCCAGCUAGUGUCCAGAUAUAUCCCUGCGAGAAAGAGUUGCAGAGCCAACCUCUUGCUCGAAGAAGCUUUUUUCGAUGUUCUACAGUGCAGUUAAAUUGGAAUCGUUGUUCAACAGGACUUCUAGUUGUGGUGCAAUCCGAUGUUGAUAAGACUAACCAGAGCUAUUAUGGGGAGUCAAAGCUGAACUACCUUACCACUGAUGGGACCUUUGAAGGGCUUGUUCCUCUCCGGAAGGAGGGGCCCAUUCAUGAUGUUCAGUGGUCAUUUUCUGGGAAGGAGUUUGCUGUUGUUUAUGGAUUUAUGCCUGCAAAUGCAACAAUAUUUGACAAGAAGUGCAAACCAUUACUUGAGCUGGGAUCUGGUCCUUACAAUACCGUUCGAUGGAAUCCAAAGGGGAAAUUACUGUGCUUGGCUGGUUUUGGUAACUUGCCUGGUGAUAUGGCAUUCUGGGACUUUGUGGGUAAAAAGCAGCUUGGAACUACUAGGGCUGAAUGCUCGGUAACAAGUGAGUGGUCUGCGGAUGGACGCUAUUUCAUGACUGCCACAACAGCUCCCAGACUCCAAGUUGACAAUUGUAUUAAAUUUUUUAACUACAAUGGAUCAUUGUUCUUUAAGAAGAUGUUUGACAAGUUGUUCCAGGCUGAUUGGAAGCCGGAGUCACCUGAAAAGUUUGGUGAAAUUGCUGAACUUAUGAAGUCGGUUGAUUCCUUGAAGGUUGAAGAAACCAAAUCACAAGGACAAGGGUCAACCUCCAAAAAGCCUUCACCGGUCAACCCUCCUGCAAAGAAGCCUGCUGCUUAUCGUCCUCCGCAUGCUAAGAAUGCAGCAGCAGUUCAGGCAGAGUUGUUUGGCGGGAGUUCUGCAGGUGAAAUGAGCAAGAAUGCACUAAAAAACAAGAAGAAAAGGGAGAAACAAAAGGAGAAAAAGGCCGCCGAGGCUGCCUCCGGUGCUACAUGAAAAAUGAAAAGAAAACGUGGUUUUACCAUGAUAUCGGUGAAACUACUUAAACCUGGAUACUUUGCAGUCACCAUUUACCAGUUUGAUAUGUAGGAUUCAUUUGUUUUGUAUGACUUUGGGGUUUUGCUCAUCUCUUCUUUUAUUGUUUCCCCCCUGUUUUUCCGUAGGAAAAAGAGAAUUGAGGGAGUAAACAUACAAUCGUUUGUUGUUUUAGCUAGACGUACAAAUUCUUCUACUCGUGUCAUAAUCGAUUUUAAGAUAAUUUAUAUUCAUAAAAAGAUCGACACGUUAAUAAUUCGAGUUAUAUAAAUUGUCA